UAGGAUUAAACAUCCGACAGAAACAUUUUCCCACGCGGGAAAAAAGAAAUUAUUUCAUGAGCGACUCGAUGAUGAUGACGAUGGUGCAGAGCUGGGACAGCGAGCCAGACAUCGCUAAUAUGUCCAAGAGCGACAUACUGAGAGGAAUCAUCACCGACAAACUGAGCACAGCCGCUCGGGAGAUCUUAUCGGUGGUGGAGCGGACUGUAGCCGACUAUGAGGAGGAGGCUGCGGGCUUCAGGCAGGAGCUCGACCGGCAGAGGCGACUGCUGGAGCUCCUGCAGCCUGAGAUAAAGCAGGAGGCAGAUGACCAGCAGCUGUUUUCCAUCUGUGAAGAUGGAGGUGGUCCAUUACUGGAUGAUCAGAAGCAGGACAAAUAUGAGCUGAGGGUGGACGACAGUAGCAGCCUGGGAUUUCAGGCACCGAUAGAGGAUGAAGAGUAUGAAUAUUUAGAGCAGGAGGAAGGAUACACGACAGAGCUGGAUUAUGUAACAACAUCAAGGUUCUUGACUCAAACAGUCCCGUCUAAGAGGAGAAAAAAACAUGGCAAACGUCGAAUCAGCAAAUCACAAAAUUGCAUAGAUCUCAAAAUCCGCAUAUUGGAAAACCCAAACAUUGAAGUGCUUUCAAAUACUGUGUUUCGGAUGUACCGGCUUCACAAGCUGAAGGUUCGUCGUGGUUUGAAGGAAGCUGACUUCCUGAAACUACUCAGGUCUACCUUCCCUCAGCUGGCUGGAGAUGAACCUUUUGACCUUUUCUUAUAUUGCAACCUCAAGAAACUGAAACCUCUGCAAGUAGACUCUGUGACACCAGAGGAAAUCAUCAGAGUUUCUCGGGGAUCUACCCUCUACAUACGACUGCAGAAAGAAGAUGCUGAUGAAGAUCAUGAAGAUCUUCCAUCCACUGAGACAGACACCCAUAUAAAUCUCAGAAUCCGCAUCCUGGAAAAGCGAAAGAUUAAUGUUUUGUCAAAACAAGUGUUUCAGACGUGCCCGCUUCACAAGCUGAAGGUUCAUCGUGGUUUGCAGGAAGCUGACUUCCUGAAACUACUCAGGUCUACCUUCCCUCAGCUGGCUGGAGAUGAACCUUUUGACCUUUUUUUAAGGGCCAAGCACAACAAACUCAAACCUCUGAAAGGAGACUCUGUGACACCAGAGGAAAUCAUCAGACUUUCUCGGGGAUCUACCCUCUACAUACAACAGUCACUGUGUCCAGAAGAUUUAAGACUUAAGAUCCGCAUCCUUGAGGACCCUAAGAUUGAUAAGAUCACAAAUAUAAUGUGUCAGAAUCACCCGUCUCAUGAGCUGAAUGUUCCUCGUGGUCUUCAGGAGGCUGACUUCCUGGCUCUGCUGAGGUCCACUUUCCCUCAGCUGGCUGCUGGUGAACCUUUUACCAUCUUAAUUGGUCGCAACCACAAUCUAAUUCCUCCAAGAGUGGAGAGUAUGACUGCAGAAGAGAUCUGCAAGAAUGGGACUGGGAAUCCUGGUAUUUACAUCCGACUGAAGGGUCCAGAGAAAAGGUCUCUACAGAGAGAAGAUGCUACUGCUGCUGAACUUCCUCCACCCAGCCUGGAUCCAACCACACUGACCACUGAAGUUGAGUCUGAGAAACCUCAGAUCAGUCAAUCAGACACCCACGUGCAUCUCAAGGUCCACAUUGUGGAGGACCCUCAGAUGGAUACCAUCUCGCCCAAUCGGGUGGACGACAGUAGGAGCCUGGGAUUUCAGGCACCGAUAGAGGAUGAAGAGUAUGAAUAUUUAGAGCAGGAGGAAGGAUACACGACAGAGCUGGAUUAUGUAACAACAUCAAGGUUCUUGACUCAAACAGUUCCGUCUAAGAGGAGAAAAAAACAUGGCAAACGUCGAAUCAGCAAAUCACAAAAUUGCAUAGAUCUCAAAAUCCGCAUAUUGGAAAACCCAAACAUUGAAGUGCUUUCAAAUACUGUGUUUCGGAUGUACCGGCUUCACAAGCUGAAGGUUCGUCGUGGUUUGAAGGAAGCUGACUUCCUGAAACUACUCAGGUCUACCUUCCCUCAGCUGGCUGGAGAUGAACCUUUUGACCUUUUCUUAUAUUGCAACCUCAAGAAACUGAAACCUCUGCAAGUAGACUCUGUGACACCAGAGGAAAUCAUCAGAGUUUCUCGGGGAUCUACCCUCUACAUACGACUGCAGAAAGAAGAUGCUGAUGAAGAUCAUGAAGAUCUUCCAUCCACUGAGACAGACACCCAUAUAAAUCUCAGAAUCCGCAUCCUGGAAAAGCGAAAGAUUAAUGUUUUGUCAAAACAAGUGUUUCAGACGUGCCCGCUUCACAAGCUGAAGGUUCAUCGUGGUUUGCAGGAAGCUGACUUCCUGAAACUACUCAGGUCUACCUUCCCUCAGCUGGCUGGAGAUGAACCUUUUGACCUUUUUUUAAGGGCCAAGCACAACAAACUUAAACCUCUGAAAGGAGACUCUGUGACACCAGAGGAAAUCAUCAGACUUUCUCGGGGAUCUACCCUCUACAUACAACAGUCACUGUGUCCAGAAGAUUUAAGACUUAAGAUCCGCAUCCUUGAGGACCCUAAGAUUGAUAAGAUCACAAAUAUAAUGUGUCAGAAUCACCCGUCUCAUGAGCUGAAUGUUCCUCGUGGUCUUCAGGAGGCUGACUUCCUGGCUCUGCUGAGGUCCACUUUCCCUCAGCUGGCUGCUGGUGAACCUUUUACCAUCUUAAUUGGUCGCAACCACGAUCUAAUUCCUCCAAGAGUGGAGAGUAUGACUGCAGAAGAGAUCUGCAAGAACAGGACUAGGAAUCCUGGUAUUUACAUCCGACUGAAGGGUCCAGAGAAAAGGUCUCUACAGAGAGAAGAUGCUACCGCUGCUGAACUUCCUCCACCCAGCCUGGAUCCAACCACACUGACCACUGAAGUUGAGUCUGAGAAACCUCAGAUCAGUCAAUCAGACACCCACGUGCAUCUCAAGGUCCACAUUGUGGAGGACCCUCAGAUGGAUACCAUCUCGCCCAAUCUGUUUCAGAAUUACCUGCCUCAUGAGCUGCAGGUUCCUCGAGGUCUUCAGGAGGCUGACUUCCUAGCUCAGCUGAGGUCAACCUUCCCUCAGCUGGCUGCUGCUGAACCUCUGGAGCUCCUGAUAUCUAAUGACGACAAGAUACUAGAGCUUCUAAAUAUGGAGUCACUGACAACUGAGGAGAUCAAAGAGGCUGUCCAGUCAACUGGGAGUGCUACCCUCUUUGUUCGAUUGAAGGCCUCAGAGGAUGUUCAGGAUGAUGUGAAUAAGCUUGAUGGUGCUGAAGACUCUUCAUCCUUUUCUGAACAAACCACACUGCACAGGAGUAAUGAAAGGAAACCCUUGGAUGAAGACCUGAAGGAUAUCAUCCUCAGAGCUUUGCCAUUAAUUUCUGAAGACACUCAACAGUCAUUGAUUCAUAAGCUGUUAAGUGAUGGAGUGGAGUCUACCCAGGACCUAAAAUUUGUCAUUGAAGAUGAUAUUGCUGACUUGCUGCCUCCCCUUCAAUUACAGACACUCCUGGAAGCAUUUAAAAAUGAGACAGACCUGGUUACUUUGGACCUGCCAGUGAUUCCUUCCUCUAGCUCACUGCUCAGCAGUCCUGCAGCGUCACCUUGCUCCACUUCAUCUGGUGUACUCCCACUCUCAAAUCAAGAACAUGACAACUCAGAAAGCUGCGGGCAAACCACCCUUUUCAGAAAACAUUGGGCAGAGACGUUCCAGGUGCCCUGGGACCUCAUGCCAAUGGAAAUUCAAGCAGCGGUUGCUGAGGGCAAGAGACCAUCCCCUGCAGCAAGGAGACAGAUGGUUAGAAUUUUAGCAGAUGAGAUGAGGAAACACGAGCUAAACCCAACACGUGCUCAGUGUGUAACCAUCUGCCGAAACAUUGUCCGUAAGUACCCUCAGAGCUUUGCUGAUCUGUGUGACAACGGUCAGCUGCUGGAAGAGGAUUACAUCUCGCUUGUGAUUCAAAUCAAAAACCGAAUUGAUAACCUGAAACGGACCAGCAACUUUCGCCACAGCCGUUUGUCUGGAAUGAAAAGAGGAUCCACCAACAAUUAUGGCUGCGCCAGAUUUGAGCCUGGCCUGCUGCCGGAGGAGACAAAUGAAACAGUGGAGCGAAAACGCCAGCGACUGGAAGAAAUUUACCAUCAGGAUGGCUCAAGCAUGGUAGAAAAAGACGAAGUAAAAGAACUCAUGAAAGUAACCUUCUACCUGCAGCGCCGCCAAAUAAAUGCACUCCCAGUACCGGCUAUUAGAGAUUUAAGGGGCCGAUGGCCUUAUCUUUUCACACACAAUGGACUUUAUACUCAUUUCGAGCUGCUCACUGAUAUCAAAGUGCUUCGCACUCUUGAGGUUGCAAUGGAGGAGUGUGGACCAACCAUCCUGGAGGUCUUCAGCAAGUCCACUAAUCCAGAUAUCCAAUCCAUCCUCUCAGUGGGUCCAAAACUUGAACUAUCCUUCUGCAUCCUGCAACUUCUGAUGGCUCACUUCUCCGAACCCCUCGGAGGACUGAUUCUUUUUGCAAAUGCAAAUGCCACAGCAGCUGAAUUACAGACGACACUCCAACUACCUGCAACUCCUCGACUGAUACUCCUCGCCGAAUCACCGGAAAGCUCCAUUCGCCGCUGGAUGAUCAGUCUUGAGGGGCACAUCAUUUGCGAGGGCAUCCAGCCGACUUUUCUGUCCGGCCUCGCUGCUGUCUUUUCUACUUACUACAUCUUCAAUCUUCAGUAUCAAGACGAUGCUGCAUGCACACUGGAAUUCAUUCAAAGGCGAUUGAUUGGGAUAAAUCCCGACACAGGCACCAAAGUUCCACAAGGCAAAUUCCCGUCAAAGGAGACUGGGAAGUUCACACAGGAAAAGACUUCGCCAGUCAACCCCCAAGUUUUAAAACUGUUAAAGAAACUAAUGGAUGUGAACCCAGCUGUUUACACCCACACAACCAUGUUUCCAUCACUUCAGGGGACAUCAAACUGACAUUCAUGUUUGUUUUCGUGGAGAAAUCCGAAUUUCUGGGGUCUGAAGAACCUCUUGGAGCAACGGCCGACACUUUGGAGCUUGCAGUGUAGUGGCUGGAUAUCCAGACCAGAACUUUGGGUCCCAUGCACUGGUCAUAGUCUACAUUGUCGGUUUUAAAGAGGUAUGAUGUCAUCAGAUUGUUUUGAGAGUGCACUUUGACUAGUGCAUUUGUCUUUCAUUCUUCAUUCGGACUUGCUGCAUGCACCAAGUACCAGAAAAGUUUCUGGUGCCACAGAUUCUGCAGACUGUUUAUACAGAUCACCCUUUGCCUUGCUUAAGACUUUGAAAUGUGCAAAUUCAAAGUGUGAAAGAAACAAGGAACAAAUACAACUUUAUGCUGUUUUCUUUGUUCGGGUUGACUUAUGUUCCCCAAUGCAAGCUGCUGUUUUCUAGCAGAAACUCUGAAGUACUAUAUUUUGUUUACUGUACACCUUUUUUUAAAUUACUGUAAUUAAAGUUACAUUUCUGGGGUAAGAUUUGGGCAUUGUUUUACAUUUCCUGUUU